AUGGACAAUAAAGACAAAAAUAUUCAUGAUAAAAUACAUAAUGGCAAUCAUGUACAAUCAUUUGUCUUGGAAAAUGAUAUUGUAAAUAAAGUCUUAACCCAUAGUGGCCGAUCGACACUCAUCUUGCCCUAUAUUCCAUCAUCAAUGACACAAUCUUUAUUAGAAGCAUAUCAUGAUAGUGUAACAAGUGGUAAUCUCGGUGUUAAUAAAACAUGGCACAAAAUACGUACCAGGUAUUAUUGGCCUGGCAUGUACACGACGAUCAAACAAUAUAUUACUUCAUGUUCAAAGCGUCAACAGUUUAAAAUCUCACGAUCAAAAUUAGCUGGCACAUUACAACUCAUCGAACUACCGACUGGUGUUUGGGAUUUAAUGGGAUUAUAUUUUGUCGGCCCUGUUCCCCAAUCUUCAUCUGAACGACUUAAUGCAACUUUAGCCGCCUCGACUGGCACUUAUGUGAAUCAACAACAAAGUAUUUGGGAUGACUAUUUACCAUUUAUUACGUUUGCGUACAAUACAUCCAAACAAUCCACGACACAGAUAGAACCGUUUAAAUUGAUGUUUGGCCGUGAUCCAAUGCUACCCUUUGACGUUCCACCCCAAUCGUCCAAUUAUCAUCGAGUGAUUCAACAAACUGGAAGAUUAAAUUAUCAAGUACAGCAUAUUCAUGAUGGCCAUCUCGAACAAGUUCAUGUGUCUCGAAUUCGUAUUAUUAUUUGA